CUCAACACAUGGACUGUUUAGGGUGGGUCCCAUCAGCUCUGUCCUUCACUGUGUCUAUGUCAGGCUACUAGUUCAUGAAUAAUAAAGUCAUUUCUCUGGUGUUUGCAUCUGGAUAUUGAAAACAUCUUCUUCAACGAAGAUGGAAUCGAGGCACCUUAAACUGAUUCUCAUAGGUAUUUUGGCCUUUUAUCCAAGGACAGGUGCUCUGGAAAAGCUUGAUGAACCGAUUCUGUUUGGUCCAUCUGUUGCAUUAGAUGGUUCCGUUGAGGAUUUCUACUGUGACAUUCCUGGAAAACCAGUAACAUUGUCUGUGCAAUAUGAAAUCUAUUUGGAGACAAACCCGGGUAAGGUGUUUGGAGCACACUCCUCGUUGUCAGGAGAAAUAGCCACUUUUCCUCUAGUUAUCACCACUCAACAUGACGGUCGACUCAUCUGCAAGGCCAGCGGACACAAUGACACCGAUAUUGAGAGCUCGUACAGUAAGCCCUGGGAAUUUAGAGUCAUUGUUCCAGUGGGGGAUGUGAGCAUCAUUUCACAUUCUUCCAUUGAAAACAUGUGGGAAGGACAAACUUUGACCCUCCAGUGCAACAAAACCAAAGGAACGUACGUCACCUACAAUUGGUUCAGGAACAACGUGCCGGUUCAGAUGCCGUACGACAGGAAUGAAGACACUCUGACCAUCCACAGGGUUUCUGCACAAAAUACAGGCAAUUACGUGUGUGUGGCAUCAAACCGAUACAACGACACGACAAUCUUCAACUCCACCAGUGAUGUGACUGUGUACGUCAAAGAAUAUGUGUCUAAGCCUGAAAUCUCCAUGGACCCUGUGAAGCUUGAGAAUGGAUAUUAUGCAGCCAACAUCACGUGUCAGUCUAAGAAGGGAACGCCACCCAUCACCUUCAGCCUGUUGAACUACACAGACGCCAUCUUCACCGAAACGACUGAAACAACAAGUGCGUUCUUUAAAGUGCCCAUCGAGCUGAACCGCUACAUGGGACAAGUGAGCUGUAACGCCAGCAACGAGGGCAACUGGGUUCUGAGUGAUCCGUUCAGAUUGAUCGUGGAGUCUGUAGGAGGUGCUGUAACAAUGACACCCUUAAAGCACGUGGAUCUGGACUUCCAGGUGGUUGACUUGGAGCUGCGCUGCAAGGUGGAGCAGGGAUCGUUUCCGCGUUACAGCUGGUUCCUCAACAACAGCAGGCUGGUGGGCCGAGGACGUUUCUAUGCAGUGGUCCUGUCAGACGAAUCCAAAUUGUUACUUUCUGUAGGCCGAGACAGCGCUGGGUUCUACCACUGUCAAGCUUCAGACAGAUUGGACAACAGCACCAGCGUCCACAGCCCAAAGAUGCUGAUCAAUAAAGAGGUACUGAACACAGUCCCUCUUUUGGUUGUGAUUGUUGUUUUUACCUCUUUUGCCCUGCUGAACGUUGCUUUGAUUGCUUGCUGUAUUUAUGGAGUCGUGCUACGGAGAAGAUAUCCAAAAAAAUACCCACUCAUUGAAGAACACAGAAAAAUGAGAAUCACUGAUAAACAGGAAGAUGAAGAUGAGGAAGAUGCAGAUUAUCUAAUGUUGGAGGAUUUUGAGGAAGACGCCGUCCAAACUGACAGAAUGAGUGACUCUGCUGAGGAUGAAGACCAGUCCGUAGAUGAAAGCGUCCUGUAUGAAGGGGCUGUUUCAGAAUAAUUCUUGAGUUUUCUGGGAGUUUAAUCAGAUCCACUGAAACUGAAAGCGAUUGGCUCCCUUCACUUAUCAGAUGCAUGAUAUUCUGUUCAGACAAAGGUUUAUUCAAACCGAAACAAUAGACAAGCGCUCAUGGGUUGACAGGACUGUGACCAAUCAGAAGCAAACACAACCAACAAUGUGUCUACUGUCAGAUUCAUGUGAGCGUGUACUGUAUUUUAGAGAGUAGAAGUGAGCUAAACCUGACAAAACCUCACUUUGUGAAUAUCCUUGUUGGUAAAAAUGUUUUAAAAAAAUAAAGUUACAGAAUUUUUUCUGUUAGAUUACACUAUUUGUCACUAGCUGUAUAUGUAAACAACAGAAGUCUAUGCAAUUUAAACAAGUAAAUGUGCUUGUGUGUUAGUGUGUGUGGUUUUGAAGAGAGAAAUUGCAAAUAAAUACAAAAUAUGUUUUGACAUUAAGCCAGAUAUGUUUAUUUUAAUGAUCAAUUGAAAGUUUUGAUACAUGAACUGCUUUGUUUAUUUGCUGUUGUUCAAAUGCAAUGCGUGUUAAUAUUCUGAUUAAAUCAUUAUUAACCAUUAAA